AGCUAUGGUUGCUUGUUACUUUUCACCUGGAGAUUUUCAAUACAAAACAAUCAUUAUCGGUUUCCAGAAAUGAUGCACUGUUUUGGAUUCAACUACCAAACAGUAUAUAAGAUAGUUAGAAUUAGUGAUAUUUAAAAAAACAAAUUCUCACAUAAAUCAGACGAAAUAAACACAUUAGUUUGAGUGUUGCAAUGGGAUAGCAACAUAGCAAUAAAAACAAAGAACCCGGACACAGACAGGGGGAUAAAGAGCGCAUCUACUCGACGCCUUAACAAAGUGAUCAAGUUUGCGCGUGGCGAACGGGCGACGACGUGACAGCAGGAAGAGGCCAACCCGUUUCUACUUGGAAUAAAUGCAGGAAGAGGGCGUGUUUCGAUUGUCCGACUGACGACUCCCGAGUCGAAGAAGUUCUGCUCAAAACGUCCCACACGAAGGAGCUGCUGCGCGGGGACGGGACGGGACGGGACGGGCGGACAAAAUGAAAGUGCAGGUGCUGGUUCCCUUGUCACUAGUCGUGUCCGUCGCUUUGCUCGGGUUGAUGAAGUUCCGGCAAAAGGACCAAGACGUAGAAAUGAAACGGAACAGGUUCGUGAACAUCAAGCUGCGAGUGAGCGACGAUGUGCUGAGGGAGUACCAGAGGAGCCGGAGCGAGACGGAGGAGAGCCUCGCCAAGAUCACAGCUGAGCAGAAGACGCUGCUGGUGGGAGCGAGCAGGCGCCAGGUCGAGGUGGAUGAGGCCAAGGGUAAAAUGGACAUCUGCCGUGACACAGAGAAAAAUGCAAAAAAUGAGCUAGAAUCCGCUCAGUCGGAAUUCAACAACUUUAAAGCUGAAGCUGAUAAGGACACGUCCAGCUGGAAAACAGAAGUGGAGACCCUGAAACAGCAACUGGCAGAACAAAGUGCAAUCUGUGACUUUGUGAAAAAAGACUCACAGUUAGGAAGCAAGUUGUGUGCCGGGAAAGUGGAGACCCCUAAAGAGAUUCCAAAGGCAGACGCUCAGAAACAAGAAGAGGCAAAGGCGGAGGCCCCCAAACAAGAAGAGGCAAAGGCCGAGGCCCCUACACCAGAAGAGGCAAAGGCGGAGGCCCCUAAACCAGAAGAGGCUAAGGCAGAAGCCCCUAAACCAGAAGAGGCUAAGGCGGAGGCCCCUAAACCAGAAGAGGCUAAGGCAGAAGCCCCUAAACCAGAAGAGGCAAAGGCGGAGGCCCCUAAACCAGAAGAGGCAAAGGCUGUUCCUGAGAAGAGAUGAGGAGUUACAGCUCUGCAACACGUAAAGAACCCAUUAAAAGAACAGUUUGAGAUACGUUACAAUCAGAUCCCAGGCCAAGCGUGUAGCUUUACUGGGUGAUAACACAUGAUGCAGUGAAGAGCGGACUCACUUAUUGAGAUUUGAAUGAAUAUUCCUUUUCAAUCUGUUAUUUAUUUUCGUGUAACAAAAUUUAGAGAAAUUAAGAUGCAUUUUGGAGGAGGACACAAUGCAUUUUUUCUUUGUGUGAGCUUGGGUGAGUCCAUGCAUGUUUGUGUGCCUGUAAAACGAUAAACACGAGUUCAUUCACAUUUGUGGUACGUGGAAGGCAACGUGAGAAAUGUUAAGAAAUCACUGAUUAAAUGUUAUGUACCCUGAAGAAGAAACUUUACAGCCUCUCCUCAGCCACCUGCUUGAUUUCAUGUUGAACUUUCAGUUUUAAUUGAAGGGACGGACCAACUGUUUACAAUAUCUUGGCAGAAAUGUACUCACUUUCUGUUUAGGUCAGAUCAAAAAUAAACUUUCAUUAACGACUA